CCCUUGGAAAGACCGGCCUCGGUGUAAACAAAGACGUCACACGGAGACGAUGAAUCGGCCACUGCCUUUUCCUCCAAGGCAAAAGAACCAGUGAUUAUCCCUCUGGAGAACGACGGCCAGUGCGAUGCUAUGGUGUCCGACCUGGGAAACCUUUCGGUGGAGUCGCCAUAGACGUUUAAUCGUGGGCGUGAAGAGCGAGUUGUUAGCGCUCGGGUGGGGAAGUUGUGGUGGUCUAUUUUUGGGCUCUCAGCUGGUCUUCUAGGUCUCCCAAGUCUUAUCUUGGGCCUCAGUUGGUCCCACAGAGUCGAAGGAGGCUGAGGCUGGCAGCUGGGAUGCCCCGAGACUCGAAUUGGCUGUGUGUGUGUGUCGUUUAGUGUGAGUGUGUGCCCGAGCCUACGUCACCCAGGGGUUCCUCGCCCCUCGCCCCGAAGAGCUCCUCCACCUGAUACGUUUCCACCAUCAACAGUUUACCCAAGGCAGUGCAGGGAGCGAAGAUGGAUGAUGACAUGGAAGAUGAAAUCAUCUAUGAAUUGUUCACAGCUCAUGCACACAUCUUGUGGAGGUAUCUGGGUGUGACUACAGCAGGUUUGAUUGAGCUUGUUAUCCCUGGCCCAGGAGAGAGUAUGAAGAUGAAGAUCUUCCAGCCAGGACCAUUCAUGUUCCUCAUUUUCCUGGUGAUUGUGGCCAGUGUGGUGCUCCAGAGCAGCAGCCAUCUCUUGAGGCAGUGGAUGGUUCGUCUGUGCUACGUUUUGGGGCUCAACUCAGUCACCGACUCAGGCCUCAAGAACUUUGGGGGCAUAGAGCUUGUGACAGGUUCAAUUGGCUCGGAUAAUGUCUCUUGGGAAUUUAAGGAUGGCAUUGUAGGAGUCUACAGCAUGCAAGGGCGAAGAGGCAACAUGGAAGACAGGUUUAGUGUGAUCCAAGAUGAAGAUGUUGGGGAAAAGAAAAUGUCUUUCUUUGGAGUUUUUGAUGGCCAUGGAGGUCAG